AGCAGCUUUCAGCUGCUUACAGCGUGAUGUGUCUGCGUCAAAUAUCCUGGGAACACGGUUUUUGCUGGUUCCGUAACCUGCCGCUCUGCUGUAGUGAUGUGAACCAGGUGUAUCUGAGCACACAGUAGCUCUUCCCCUGGCAUGUGCUGCUUUGGCUGUUCGUAAUACAUGCUGAAGUGCUAAAAUGUCCAUCACGCUGUGCAGAAGUUUUCUGGUGAACCCUGGAAAGAUGCUGAUGCAUUAUUCUUUUACGAUCAUCAGCACGUUAGAGGAAAAAUUCAGUAGGUGAUGAUUUGCUUUUUCAGAAGUGCUGGACCUGGAGAGGUCUGUGGACCUUGAGGAGGGUCUGAGGGGAGAGAGGGAGGAUUGAUACUUAGUUUUUAGAUGGAGGUUUUUAAAGCUGGUAGGUCAGGGAUGAGUUAGUUACAGUAAAAAAAAACCUAGCUUACUCAUGUUGCUAAAGCAUAUACUAGCUAGGAAAUUGGAUGGAGUCUGGUUUGGGUUCUCGUUCCAUCUUUACCGAAAACUGCCGGCAUGAUCUUGAAUGGCCACGUGGUCUGACUGCCUUGGUUUCCCCUCUGCCUGCUGGGUUGCUCAUAGUCUAAAUCUACUUCUCAAAACAAAUACUGCUGCUGUGGGAGCUGGUCCACUAACUUACGUUACAUGGAGUCACCCUUCUAAGAUUAUACUCUAUUUAGCUAACUGGACCAAUGGUUUCUCAUCAAACUCUUCUUGGAUUUGCUCUCUAAAAGUACAAUAAUCCUAACAAGGCAUCCCACCCUCCCACCCCCAAAAGGUGAAAUACAUGCUAUUAAAGGAUUUAUAACUUUCUAAUGGGGCAAAGUGGAAAAGAUAAUGAAAAGUAACCAGUCUGUAAGGUACUGUGCAGUUAGAGAAUGUAAAAGAAAGGGAGGGAUUCAAAGGAAAUGUUGCAUGUGUGUCUGCUGAAAAAAACUGUUUUGCACAGCAUGCUUUCUGUGAACAGGAGUAGUACAGUGCCUUUACUCUUUUCCCUAUCAUCUUUCACAUUAUUAUUCGUAUUUUUUUCUUAAGCAAACUUUGUUCUGUAAUUAACUGCACACACUGAACUGCACAUCUGAAACCUCUAUUUCAGUGAGGGAUUUUUAGGACCAAUUGUUGCUGUUUGAACAUGAAAUAUGUUGUCGUGCUCCAACUCUCAGCAGGGUGGUCUUAAAGAAUGCAGAAAGCAGGUUUCCUCUGUCCAGAGUCUUGAAUGGAAAAAUGUCCAUGACGUUACAGCCCUGGCCUUGGAGCGAGGGCACCCAGUGUCUAGGUGUGGUUGUUCGGCAAGAGAUUCCUUCCUGUUUCCGGGAGUCGUUCUAGGGUGGCUUUGGGCGUUUGGUGAUAGUUGUGAUCCUUGGCACCAAGAACUGGCUCAGCGUUGGGGACUGUGGGCAUGGUGAAGCGGGUUUGAGGGACUUUACAUUUGAACCUCUCUUCCCUUCUAAACUAGUUUGGCCUUUCGAACGUGCCCUUUCUCGAAGGAGUCCGCAUUUUGUUGGAGGCAGAGUAUUCAGGCUUUCAGCAUAGAUGUUGUCUGGCUGCUGAUAGCUUGGUUCUCCUGUUGACUGCCAUUGAGCCUUCUCCCUACCAAGGGACAGUCGAAACUCUGCGUGGUCCAUCCGUGGACAGCUGGCUGCAGAGUUAAUCAGGGAGUGGGACCUACGUGUCCCCUCGUCCCCCCAUAACUCUCCCUUUUAUGCAUCCACAUAGUUGGCUUCUACUUGGAGACCAAGUGUGUUUUGUAGAGACAAACUUUAUCCAGUUUGAUUAGGGUUCCCAGUAUUGUGGUUUGAUUCCAGAACUCAGAGCUGGCUAAUCAGAAAUAUGUUAUUAAGCAGAUUUGGAACAGGCUGACAGAAGUUCCCUUCUUUGUUCUUCCAAAAUCAUAACCUGGCUGUAGUUCCCUGGAAGGUUCUUGAACUGCAGGAAGCCUUACAAUUCACUUCUUAACUAAUUGCAGCAGACUUUUCCUGCUUUUAGACUUCCUCUUAAAUAAUUUUGCAUAAAUGUGUUUUCUACAGCUAUAGAUGCCGAGCGGGUCUCCAUUAUAGGCUUCUGGUAGCCCAGCUCUCGUUUAGGGACGUGGGGAGGUGUUUUCUGAGCUGGCGCGAGCCCGUCAUGUGGCCAUUGUAACUGUGGCAGAAUGCUUUUGCUGAGACAGUGUCACUGCGGGGUAUGGUGUGCAAUAAGCUCUUCUCAGAAAGUGAUGGUUUUGCUGAUACUAGCUUCACUCAUGCUAGAAGUGCUUUGGAACUGCAGUAUGAAACAAGUAUAACAGUAAAGUCUUCCAUAUGCUUGAUUUCUGUCUGCUGAAGAGCGAAAUGAUAUGGCUAAUUCUUCCACACAGCAAAGCAAAGCAAAGCAAGCUGCCUUUUGUGGGAACGCUGUCAGCUCUUCCUCCUGGAGAAGCCGCUGCGAGGAAGCGUUCGGGGCUGUAGCCGCUCUGGCUCUGCAGCGGGUCUGUAACGCGACCUUCUGCCUGCCUGUGCUCGGCGCCAAAGCCACGGAGGCAUGGAGGACGCAGUGUUCCAUGUGGAAGCCAGGAAGCCUGAAGAAGGCUGUGAAAGCUAGGGGAAUGAUUCUCUGCGUCUCUGCAAAUACGUUAGUUGACUGCCGCUGAUGGCACGGUGAAAUGUGUUGAACAGCUGCCGAGAGGGUGUCCGACUGCCAGGGGACCGCUCGAGAAGCUGGGCUUGCAGCAUCAUGGGCCAGUGCGUCACGAAGUGCAAGAACCCUUCUUCCACCCUCGGCAGCAAGAACGGGGAGAGAGAGUCUGGCAGCAAGUCGCACAGUAAGAGAAGUGCAGUCCACAAAGACGACCAUGCUUCGGUUUGCGGGAAGUCUUCAGGGGAUAUCCUCGUCAACGGGACAAAGAAAACGGAGACCGCUGUAGAGUCUAGUCAGCCUGCAACGUUUUCUGGGGAUACAAAGAAAGACGCUGUUUCCAGUGCAGAAGAGUCUUCGCUGCAGAGGAUUGGGGAGUUGUUUAGGAGAUACAAGGAUGAACGGGAAGAUGCCAUCCUGGAAGAAGGAAUGGAACGAUUUUGCAAUGACCUCUGUGUUGAUCCCACUGAAUUUAAAGUGCUAGUUUUGGCUUGGAAAUUCCAGGCUGCUACCAUGUGCAAAUUUACAAGGAAGGAGUUUUUUGAAGGCUGCAAAGCAAUAAACGCGGACAGCAUUGACGGCAUUUGUGCAAGGUUCCCCAGCCUCUUAAACGAAGCCAAGCAGGAAGAUAAAUUCAAGGAUCUCUAUCGUUUCACCUUUCAGUUUGGCCUGGACUCUGAAGAAGGACAGCGGUCGCUACAUCGGGAAAUAGCCAUUGCCCUUUGGAAGUUAGUCUUCACCCAAAACAAACCCCCUAUUUUGGACCAGUGGUUACACUUCCUAAUCGAGAACCCCUCAGGAAUCAAGGGAAUCUCCCGGGACACGUGGAACAUGUUUCUAAAUUUUACUCAGGUGAUUGGACCAGACCUUAGCAACUACAGCGAGGACGAGGCCUGGCCUAGUCUCUUCGAUACCUUUGUGGAGUGGGAAAUGGAGCGAAGGAAAAAGGAAGAGGAAACCAAAUGUAUUAUUGCAUCUUCAGACACAGAGGGGCCGUGUACGGAAGAACAGACUUAACAGCAUUUCAGCAGCAGUGGCGGAAGCAACCUGUUGCCCUUCAUGAAAUGUAAACUCUGGAUGUUUCUGGAAAUUGCCGAGGCUCCAGAUUUUUCUACUUUACACCUUUUUCUGCCUUGUAUUUGAAAGGGCUCUAAAAUGCUGUAUCAUGUUUUAGGCACUUUCUUAAUUUUGGUUAUUCCUUUUACUCUUGCCCUGAAAUAUUUGACCCUGGCUACAAGUUAAGCAUUUUGGGGGUUUUUUAAGACUUCAGAUUAGUAUAAGUCUGAUAUUUCUUGCACAAUGUAGAUCUUUUUAGUUAGGUUAAAUUAACAUUGCUAAAUUAUACAGUGCCAGAUUAAGUUUUUCAUACUACAUCUGUCAGGGCAGGUCUGUACUGUGUGUAGUGCUGUUUACAUUGUUGAAAUUUUAGGCUGUAAUAAUUUUAAGGUUUUAUACCAAGAUGAAAAGCAGUGUUAACUGUUAACUAUAAAUGCAUUAAUCCCCUGGUAAUGAGGCUCUAAAAACAACAUAAGCAACAGCUUUGUGUAAUAUGGCUAAUUCCCAUUUUAAGCUAACUCUUAGUGAAUGAGUCCAAAUCAUUCCUUUUUUUUCAGAGUAUCAAACUAAAUAUUGGGAUUGUUUUGUAAAACUACUGUACCUGUCAGUCAACUGAGUGGUAGAUGAUGAUUUGUAUCUAAAUCUCUUACACAUCACAUAAUAAAAGAGCAGUACUACCUCAGUUUUAUUGAAAGUGGGCUUCUUGAUGGACUUCCAUUUUCUCUGGAAGUUGUAUUUUUGUGGUUACAUGACAAUAUUUUUACUUGAUUAAAAGAACCAAAGGUUCUGCUUCUUAAGUUUGCUAAACAUUAGCAGAAGCAACAAAUAAAAAAAACCCUAAAUCUUCAAGGAAAACUGUGGUAUAAUUCUGCUUUAAUAUGUUUGAUUUAUACCUAAAGUAUUAUCUUACUUGUCUGGCAAGCACAGUACUUCUAUGUAAGGAACUAUCUUUUGCAUUAAUAUUGACAAACCAAUUUUUUUAAACCGAUGUUUAAUUGCUAAAUUGCAGUUACUACUCCACGCUUUCUGGAGCAACAAUAUUGGCAUCUGAUGACAAAGUGAAUUCUUAAUGUGUUCUUAAUGACAAAAGUAUAGAUGCGUCAUUUUUAGACUGAUUUGGUAAUAUUUGGAUAGGAGUCAAUUUAUUAUUUUAAAAUGCUUGUAUUGGGACUAUUUGCCUGUUGAAAUUGUUGUGACUUAAAGGGAGUUUUAUUAACACUGGUUGAAACUUU